AGCUGAAGAUAUUAGAGUCGCGUCUUUAUUUACCACACCUGUGAUGCGCUGCUGUCUCUGAGCAACGAAGACGCACCGAUGGCCAAGGUACAGGAAGAGGAUAUGUGUUGAAAGAGGACUUAUAAAUGCGCUGAUCGGUGUAAUAUUACAAAAACUAAACCCAGACAGACAGCAGAUACUCCUCGCAGCUCAUUCAGCAGAUAUUACUGACUUAAACUUGAACGAGAAGGUGAUAAAGAUGCCGUUACACCUGGGUCCCUUUGUCCGCUGGAGAUCCGGGCUUGUACUCACAUGGAUCUGCUUGUUUUCGUCCGGAUUUGCCUUCAUUGGUGGAGAGCAUGCGGCCACUGUAACGCAUCCACUUCCUGCGGCCUUCUCCGACCUGCUGCCACACUUCCUGUUGGAGCCUGAUGAUGUUUAUAUCGUUAAGAACAAGCCAGUGACCCUCACCUGCCGCUCAACCCCUGCCACUCAGAUCUACUUCAAGUGCAACGGCGAAUGGGUUCACCAGGAUCAGCACUUGAUCGAGCGUGACGUGGACCCUGCCACAGGGCUGCCGGUGAUGCAGGUGAAGAUUGACAUCUCCAGACAGCAGGUGGAGAAGAUCUUCGGUCUGGAGGAUUACUGGUGUCAGUGUGUGGCCUGGAGCACUACAGGAACCCAGAAGAGCCAAAAGGCAUUUGUGCGCAUCGCCUAUCUGAGGAAGAACUUUGAGGAGGAACCACUGGGUAAGGAAGUGGCACUGGAUCAGGAAGUCCUUCUGCGCUGUCAUCCUCCUGAAGGUGUUCCUCCUGCAGAGGUGGAGUGGCAGAGAAACGAGGAGCUGAUCGACCUCAAGACUGACCCCAAUUUCUUCAUCACCGUGGACCAUAAUCUCAUCAUCAAACAAGCCCGCCUGGCCGACACAGGCAACUACACCUGCGUGGCCAAGAACAUUGUGGCUCGACGAAAGAGCUCCUCGGCUACUGUGAUUGUCUAUGUGAACGGUGGCUGGUCCACAUGGGCCACAUGGUUGGCUUGCAGUGCUGUCUGUGGUCGGGGGUGGCAGAAGAGGAGCCGGAGUUGCACCAACCCCACUCCCCUGAACGGCGGGACGUCCUGCGAGGGCCAGAGCAUCCAGAAAAGUGCCUGCACUGCCACCUGUCCAGUGCAUGGAGGUUGGAGCGAGUGGAGUAAGUGGUCGCCAUGCGGAGCCGACUGCACCAUGUGGAGGAGCAGGGAAUGUACCCAACCUACACCCAGCACCGGUGGGAAGGACUGCCAGGGCCUGGAUCUUCAAUCCCUCAACUGCACCAGUGAGCAGUGCCCACAGACGGCAUCAGGUGCUGAGGAUGUGGCCUUGUACGUGGGGAUCGUUGCGGUGGCUCUUUGUCUGACUCUGCUGCUGAUUGUACUGGUGUUGGUCUACCGCAGAAAGAAGGAAGGUCUCGAUGCAGAUGUGGCCGACUCCUCCAUCCUCACCACUGGCUUCCAGCCCAUGGGCAUCAAGCCCACCAAGCCAGAAAACUCUCAUUUGCUCACCAUCCAACCCGAUUUGACUACCACCACCACAAGCUACCAGGGAACUCUGCGUUCUCGCCACGAAGUCACUGGGAAGUUCUCCGUGAGCAACGGCCCCCUCCUGGAGCCACUUCCUAACGGCUCCCACACGCUGCACAACGGCAAACUGCCUAGUAAUCCCAAUGACUUCAUGAACAGCCUGUCCUCUCAGAUGUAUUUCAAAACGCUACCGAGAGACAACGUCAACACCUCCUAUGGCACUUUCAAUUUCCUGGGCGGCCGCCUAACCCUCCCCAACACUGGAAUCAGCCUUCUCAUCCCGCCAGAGGCCAUUCCCAGAGGGAAGAUUUAUGAGAUUUAUCUCACCAUUCAGAAGAAGGAAGACAUGAGAUUACCCCUGGCUGGGUGUCAGACAUUGCUGAGCCCCGUGGUGAGCUGCGGACCGCCCGGUGUGGUGCUCACCCGGCCGGUCAUCCUCAGUAUGGACCAUUGCUCUGAUGCGUGCCUGGAGAAUUGGGCCAUCCGUCUCAAGAAGCAGUCAUAUGAGGGAACGUGGGAGGAUGUACUUCAUCUUGGUGAGGAAGUGGCUUCGGAGCCGUACUACUGCCAGCUGGAGGCGGAGACGUGCCAGGUGUACACUGAGCAGCUGGGCCGCUUUGCUCUGGUCGGGGAGUCCCUCAGCAUGGCUGCAGCUAAACGCCUAAAACUGCUGCUCUUUGCUCCUGCCUAUUGCUCUACGCUGGAAUACAACAUCCGCGUCUACUACAUGGAUGACACACAGGACCUGCUAAAGGAGGUGAUGCAGAUGGAAAGACAGCUGGGAGGUCGACUGAUUGACGAGCCUCACAUCCUGCUCUUCAAAGACAGCUACCACAACCUGCGCCUCUCGAUUCAUGACAUGCCCCAGGCAUACUGGAGGAGCAAACUACUCACCGGCUAUCAGGAGAUCCCGUUCUAUCACAUCUGGAGCGGCUCUCAGCGGACCCUGCACUGCACCUUCACACUGGAGAGACAGAGCCUGAGCACCUGUGAUCUCACCUGCACGCUGUGUGUGUGGCAGGUAGAAGGAGAGGGACAACGCUUCACCCUGGACUUCAACAUCUCAAAGGACAUCAGACCACUGGACUCUGAUUUCCUGUUAAUGGACAACUGCACCCCUGCCCUGGCUGGUCCGAGCGCAUUCCAGAUCCCUUACCUCAUCCGACAGAAGAUCUGCAGCAGUCUGGACACCCCCUGUCCCAAUGGAGCAGACUGGAGACUACUGGCCCAGAGACUGAAGCUUGACAGGCACAUGAGUUUCUUCGCAUCCAAAGCGAGCCCCACAUCAGUGAUUCUGGACUUAUGGGAAACCCAGCACUUCCACAGCGGUAAUCUCAAUCAGCUUGCCGCUGUGAUGGCUGAGAUUGGCAAGCAGGAGGCCAUGAUAUUCCUGGUGUCAGACGGGGAGUGCUGACACAUUAAAACUGAACCGCCGGCCAUCUCUGAGUGAUGGGGUGGGGGAAGGACGUGACCCUCUGCCCGCCCCACCAUAGAUGAGAAACAAAUCAAAGAACAGGGUUUACCCAACUAUAUGAGGCCACUUCCCCAGUGAAUAGGGAAUAAAAUAAAAAGAAAAAAGGAAGAAAAAAAAAACAAGACCAGGCUCAGGAGGAACCUGGGAGGGCUUUAAGAUGUACUGUGACUGAGACAAAUGCCCCUUUCUUAGAACAAAAAUCCAUUUGUUUUGAAAAUAAUGGUGUAUAGAAAAUCCUAGAUUCUAUGAUUCUGGUCCUGCCCUCAAUCACUGACCAAUAUGAACUUUCUAACCACAUUUGUGUUAGGUACAUUGAUAUAUUAUUAUCAGACUGGAAACUAAAACGAAUGGGUUUGAAAGAUAUCAAGUGGAAAAUGUAUGCUAUGUAGGUGAGGUGAACAUUUUGCGAACUAAUUCAGAUUUGCGACAUGCAUUUUGUAAAUGUGUACCAUUUGGCAAUAUGCAAACACACAUAUCGAUGACAAUUUCCUUUGGCCGACACGUUUCUUACCUCACAAAGCAUUUCAAAUUGUAGAGCGUUUGCUAAAUUUCAGGUCGAAAACGUUAAGUAAAGCGUUUUUGACCAGAGCCGUCACUUGUUCCUCUGUCCCUGUGCACUUAACGUGUGUUUUCGAACUCAUGAAGCCAUAAAGUCCUAAAUUCACCUCAAUGCAGUGAUAUAUGUUCUGAUCCGGGUGGAUAAUCAGUAAAUAAGCACAGGAUUCUGUGGAUGUUUAGCUGCUGAAGGAUGGGUGAUCAGGGACCUCAAACAUGUUCCUAGCUGUUUUGCAGAACAUUACGUCUUGUUUUUGCUUUCAACAGAGUUUUGAGAAUAGGGGUCAGAUGUUCUGCAAAGCAUUUUUCCAUGGCCAUCUUAUGUCAACGAAACCCUGUCAAGACCAUAAUUCUCAUCUGAAUUUAAUUUUGAUUAAGUCCAUAGAAUUCUUCGUUUAUAAAGGAGAAAAAUAAAAAGUUCCCCGUUGGAAAGGUUUUCUUCUUUUAUAAACAGAAAAUGCAAUAUUACCAAAUGUUUCAUUGCUAUUCUCCUAUCUAGUCUAUGUUUCUCUGAAAGCCAUUUUGGCUUCAGGGCAAUUUCUUAUUCGUAGAGAAAGAAUAUUUUCAUCACCCCCCAAAAAGCAAAUGUUCCAUCCAAGAAAACUUCACUGAGACUCAGCAGCUGUCGUAUUUUUCUAAAUUCCUCCAUCACACGUGUGCUUUGUUUCUGCACACCCUGUAGAACAGCAACACGACUCAGCCCUGCGUUUGGCGCCAUGAAUGUACAUUACACGGUUUGAAGAUUGUCCGAUUAUUUUUUCGUGUGUGUUUGAAUGUGAGCGUAUUUCAUUCCAAAUGAAGGAUGAUUUGUGAGAAACUGUGGAUCACAAAUUGGCCGCUUUCAUCUCGACCAGUAAAGACGGCCACGUCUGGAGAUGAUUGGAGGAGUCCGGCAUGUUUCCUCCGCAGCAAGUGGAAAUACACAGGCCUGUUUCACUCAGCUAACGGAGAACUCAAGUUAAAGGCCAAAAUGUGCACUUUUUUUUUUUUCCUUUUCUCUUCAAACUUCUUGUACUGUGUUUCCAUAAAGUUUCACUUGGUGAUUUCUGUUAAACAACUAACCAGACAGCUAUUUUAGUUUCUUUGUUUUUAAUCUACAGAAGUCAUGUUUUGUAGAUAAGUACUUUUCAUAUGACGCAUCUCUGCGCAACCAAAGUGUAUGAGCCAUCUGGAGCAUUUCUUUCAUAUCUAUGCCGAUUGUGAUUUAUUUAUUCUUUUUUAGUAUAAGGAACAUGUUCCUAAAUUGAACAUGCAUCUAUUUUUAUUUCAAGAUCUCAUGACUUGUGCAAGCUUGUUAAUUUUGAGCAUUUCACUGGUAAAACAAUUUAUUUAAUACAGCACUUUGUAAAGUAAUUGUAAAUGAUAUUUUAAUAACAAGCCAAAAAAAGACUAGACAACUGACGUAACAUUUGUCGAAGUAUAACCCGUGAAGUGUUUGCCUACUGUUCAUUGGUUAUAUAGCACUGAGUUAAUUCGUUCUGCAGUGUUUGCGGUUUCGACUGUUUUUGCCAUAAGUUUGUACACCAUCGUUUUGUUUCGUCCUGAGGCUGUUGGUUUGUGGGUAAUCAAUCCUCAACACUACGUCAUGAGAAAACAGAUGCAGCAGUAAAUCAUUCCUCUGUCAGAGUAUUUAGACAAGGAGUUGGUGCAAAAUUGUCAAAUUCCUAACACUCAGGUUUACAAACAGUUCAGUUGAAACAGACAUGUUACGCAUUUCUAAACAUUACUGAGCGUGCAACAAAAUGAAUUUCUCAUCAACGUUGUUCUUUUUCACUGACAUAAAAAUCAUUCCAACAGCCUUUCGUUCUAAUCUCACAAAGUCAGCUUGUAACACAGAAUAAAGCAGAUGCCAUGCUAUUCACCAAAAGAACCACUGAUCUCUCUUUAUGACUGUACAUUUUGUCAGCCUCAUUCAUAACUGUUCUGUGUAAAUGAACGUGUGAGUGUGCUAUUUCUUUCUUUUUGAACUGAAAACCGUAGAAUUGUGUACCUGUGAAUGUUCAAUUCGAUUUCUUAAUUCAAUGUUCCUUGCCUUUCUGCAAGUCAAAAUGCUGUAUUUAUUACAUGCCACAGCGCUUAUGCAAUUGUACAAUUCUUUUCUAUUGUUAUUGGUAAAGUUUUUUUUAUUUUUUUUUUCAUUUUUCUCGUCAAUGUAAAAUGUCGUUGAUGAUUUUGUGGAAACAGGAAGCCCUUUUCUGCAGAAGGUUUUCUGUACUUUUUGGACAAUGAUAUGGAUUUGUGGGUAGAAUUUUGGAAAUUCGUUUCUAAGUGCUUUCAAGUAUUUACUUGGCCUUAUGUAUAUAUCUCUCUAUGAAAUUUCAGAAAAGGUAUGUAUAGUAAUUGAACCUAAAAUGGAUGUAAAUAAAUUAUAUAUUGUUAAAAGAGAGUUGAGUGAUUUGUGCUCACACCAUCCACUGUAUUUCACUACACAUUUUACAUUUGUAUCCAGUCAGUAGUCUUGAGAAUAAUCAUGAUUUAUUCUUUCGGAUACAUGAAGAAAACCCCAUUUCACAGCCAUUCGUAUGAUUCAGUAAGUCAGCACACAACAACAUGACUGCAGGUGAUUUAUUGACUAAAUGUCUAGCACAAUUUCUUUAUAAAUGAUUUGCAUCUUCUGACAUAGAAAACUCUCUAUAAUAAGCACAAGAAUACAGCAGUUUAUCUUUCUGAACGACACACAAUAGUUAAAGGCUGCAAAGCUAUAAAAAAGGCACUUGAUAGUUGAUAUGUAACACGUUGUCAAUAUAAAAAAGUACAAAAAUUGAGCUGUUGGCUCAUAUAUAGCUUUCUAAGAGCAGGAUAUUGGAGUGUUGCAUUUCUUCCGAUUAUAGUGCAGGAGAUCGCGAUAAGGGAAUGUUCCGGGCAGCAUCUUUUUUUGUGUGUCUCUGAACCAUUGUUUGGAAACGCCAUAAGAUUAUGCAUACACUGGUGAUAUCCAUAAUCAGGAUUGCUCAAAAAAAAAAAAAA